GACGCUCUCAGAGAUACAGAGCUGCAGAAACACAGCACGGAUCAUCACGGACUACUGGACUAUCCUCUUUACCUCUUUACUCUGCAUUUAACGGACUCUGAAGGAUCUUUUGGACUGAUCUGGAUCUGGAUUACUUGUUUGGACUUUCUUUAUUCCGGGUCUUUAUUCAGCCUCCCUCUGCAGAGCCACUCUGGAUCCUGUUUCUGUUUCUGUUCUGGACUUUGUGGAUUAUUGUUCUGACUUCAACAUGACUCUGGAGGAGCUCAUCGGAUCCAACAGCACCGACAUCAAGAUGGAGACGGUGAGUCCGGCUCUGGAUGCUCUGGAGGCUCUGGAGGAGCUGCUGGUCUCAGCGCAGCGGCAAGACCACCUCACUGUGGGGGUCUACGAGUCCGCCAAACUCAUGAAUGUAGACCCGGACAGCGUGGUUCUGUGCGUGCUCGCCACCGAUGAGGAGGAUGAAGAUGACAUCGCGCUGCAGAUCCACUUCACGCUGCUUCAGGCGUUCUGCUGCGACAACGACAUCAACAUCCUGCGGGUUUCCGGUCUGAGCCAGCUGGCUCUGCUGCUGGAGGACGACUCCAAGGACAGCAACGGGAACAGCACCGGAACCGGCACCGGUACCGGGACUGAGCCCCGGGACCUGCACUGCAUCCUGGUUACUAACCCCCCGGUCCAGCCGCUGCAGUCCCAGGCCCUGCAGGACAUCAGCAGCUUCUGCGAGGAGAGCCGCUGCAGGAACCAGUGGGUCCCCUGUCUGGACAUGCAGGACCGCUGAUCCAGAACCGGGCCGAGCCCAACCGAGCCAGACCGCUGCAGAGCGGUGAGAAGAGAACGAGUGCAAACGGUCCAAACAGCCGCGUCCUUCUGCUGAAGGAGAUAGAAGAGAGGGACCGAACCGGGCCGAACCGGGCCGAACCGGGCCUGCCUAAUCCGGUGAUUAUCUGGGGGGCGUGAGAUGCCGGUAUCGGUACCGGACGGGGCUCUGAAGGCCGGACCGGCCUCCUGUCGGAGGAGGACUGUGCAGGUGGACUCAGGUCCUGGACCUGCAGAGACAGAGAGGGGGGGCGGUGUUUCUGAUAUUUGAUGAACUGUCACGUGACUGAGUGACUCCAGCUGGAGGUCACGUGAUCCGAUGACUGAAUGAACUGAAGAGCUGCACGUGAAGCUCGACGUGGACUAACUUACCUGAGCUGCAGGUUAUGAACUGUGACGUCAUGUUGUUGUUUUAUCAUUACUUCCUGUUGUUAGUGAUGUCGCAGAGUCACACACUGAGCUCAUUGUUAUUUAAAGGAACACAUUGAUAUAUGUUUAUUUAACCUGUACAAUAAAUGAUUGAAGGAGAA